CGCGAGUCAGUCGACGAUCUACCGGCGAGUAGCGCGGACGCGUCGGUCGCGAUACGAUUUCCCGGAAAGGUGAAGCAGCGAUCGGUUGGCAGCGCGGCGCCGCGGCUCGCGAGAUUCCUUCCCAACGGUUGGCGCGGCGCACACGUCAUCGUUGUCGCGCGUGCUACGAGGUUCGUGCGAGGCUGCGAGGCUGCGAGGCUGCGAGGCUGCGAGGCUGCGAGGCUGCGAGGCGUCACCGCCACUCCCGCGCGCCUUUCACACUUUUCCCCGUUCGAUCCAUCGGCCUGCUCCAUCUCUGCUCAGGUCGCUCGAGCUGUCGUCGCCCCUCCACACCUCGCUUAGUGUAGUCGCCGUCGUUUGCCGUCGCCGCCGCCGCCGCUGCCGCUGCCGCUGCUGCCGCCGCCGCUGCCACCGCUGUCGUCGUCGACGUCGUAGUCGUAGUCGUAGUCGUGUCAUCGUCGGUCUCAUCUUUGUUCUCGUCGUUGUCGUCGUCAUCGUCGUCGUUGCCGCCGCCGCCGUCGCCGCCGUCGUCGCCGCCGCUGCCGUCGUCGUCGUCGUCGUCGUCGUCCGUCGUCGUCGUCGUCGUCGUCGUCGUCCCGGUGUUCGAGCAGCGCCGCGGCGGUUCCCCUCUAUUGAUCGAAUUUGACCUGCGAAGUUUCCCCUAGCGCGUGUGUGCAGUAUAGUGGCGGCCGGUAGUGGCUCUCUCGCGCUCGUGUUUCCGAGUCCGGUAGUGCGAUUCGAUUAAUCGCGAGCAGCCUCGGUAUGUCUUUGCCAACGGCUUGCACGCGGUUCAGUGACAAUUACGAUCUAAAGGAGGAACUCGGCAAAGGUGCCUUCUCCGUAGUUCGACGAUGCGUGCAAAAGAGCACCGGUCACGAAUUUGCUGCAAAAAUCAUUAACACCAAAAAACUCUCGAAUAGAGAUUUCCAAAAACUCGAACGUGAAGCGCGGAUAUGUCGAAAACUGCAACAUCCAAAUAUUGUAAGAUUACACGACAGUAUACAAGAGGAGAAUUUCCAUUAUCUUGUCUUUGACCUAGUCACCGGCGGAGAACUCUUCGAGGACAUCGUCGCCCGGGAAUUCUACAGCGAGGCGGACGCCUCGCACUGUAUUCAACAAAUCUUGGAAAGCGUUCACCACUGCCACCAUAACGGAGUUGUGCACCGUGAUCUGAAACCCGAAAAUUUACUUCUCGCGAGCAAGGCGAAAGGGGCGGCUGUGAAAUUAGCGGAUUUUGGUUUGGCAAUCGAGGUGCAAGGUGAAGCGCAGGCAUGGUAUGGUUUCGCUGGAACGCCCGGCUACCUCAGUCCGGAGGUGCUGAAGAAGGAACCCUACGGGAAACCAGUCGACAUAUGGGCGUGCGGUGUCAUACUGUACAUCCUCCUGGUCGGUUACCCACCCUUCUGGGACGAGGAUCAGCAUCGGCUCUACGGACAGAUCAAGGCCGGAUCGUACGAUUAUCCGAGUCCAGAAUGGGACACCGUCACCCCGGAAGCCAAGAAUCUUAUCAAUCAGAUGCUGACGGUGAAUCCAGGAAAGAGGAUCACUGCCAGCGAGGCAUUGAAGCAUCCAUGGAUUUGCCAACGUGAGCGUGUUGCAUCUGUGGUGCAUAGACAAGAGACCGUGGACUGCUUGAAGAAAUUCAAUGCAAGGCGCAAGUUAAAGGGCGCUAUAUUGACGACCAUGCUGGCGACGCGGAACUUUUCCAGUAAGUAUGAUACACAGGGUCGAAGCAUCAUCACGAAGAAGGGCGAUGGUUCUCAAGUGAAGGAAUCCACCGAUAGCAGUACAACGAUCGAAGACGAUGAUGUAAAAGAGGAUAAGAAGGGCGGCGUCGACCGGAGCAGCACGGUCAUUGCCAAAGAACCCGAAGGUACACCUUCGAGCAACUCCGCGACAAUGUCCGCGUUCGCCAAGGCGGUCGGUGCGGCUACAACCAUGACGAACAAACUACCCUCGAACCAGAUUCAGAGUACGAGCAACCCCCUCGGAAUUGCCGCGGUUCUCCUUCAAGGGGCCCAAGCUGGCAGCGCAGGAGGCGGUAGCAGCAGUGGUAGCAGCAACAACAGCCAGAACAGCCAGGUCGGCGCAUCGCCGUCGUCGCCAGCAGCCAGUGUCAAUCACCCGACGAAUGACAGCAACGAGCCGAUAGCAGGAUCGCGACCUCGUCAGGAUUCCUCGUCCACUGACAUAAGAAUCGUGUGUCCUAUCAAGACUUGCAGCCAGCUCUCAACCAACUCCCAGUGCUCAGCACGCCGACAGGAAAUCAUCAAGAUGACCGAACAGUUGAUCGAGAGCAUCAACACCGGAGAUUUCGAGGCGUACACGAAAAUCUGUGAUCCACAUCUGACCGCGUUCGAGCCGGAGGCUCUAGGUAAUUUAGUCGAGGGAAUGGAUUUCCACAAAUUUUACUUUGAUAAUGCAGUCCUGGGGAAAAACUGUAAGGCUGUCAAUACGACGAUCCUGAAUCCCCAUGUCCACCUGCUCGGCGAGGAUGCCGCUUGCAUCGCGUACGUUAGACUGACACAGUACAUGGACAAGCAAGGUGUAGCGCAUACCCAGCAAAGCGAGGAGAGCCGCGUGUGGCACAAGAGGGACAACAAGUGGCAGAACGUGCAUUUCCAUCGAAGCGCAGUGACGGGCCCAUCCCCGUUCUCCUUCAAUCACAAAUAAAUUGGCCAAGAGGAUUGUCUUGCUGCCGCUCUUUAUCCUCCGAUAGAGCGCGAAUGAAUUAACGAAUGUUGGGAAUACGGAGCACAACGUAUUGCUGCGGGCAUCCUCACGACACACACACACACACACACACGCGCGCGCGCGCGCACGCACACGCGCGCGCACACACACACACACACACAUACACACGAAACACACGUCAAGUAUAAAGACGAAGCUACGAGGAAAAGACACACAACGACGUAACGCGCCGUUCAAGACAGUCGGAGAGAGAGAAAACUUUACAGUAACACAAAUACAAACAUAUUUACAUGUAGUAUCAAAUGCGAUAAAACCGAAUGCGAAUCCACAAGAUAUGGCGCAAUCGCCGGCAUGUAUUACUCGCUCCAGUACCUGCUCAGCGUACUUACUACCUAUAUUUACGCGCGCAUCGCACCACGCGUGUCUCGGAGCUCCGACAAGGGAACUACUGCUAGAAAUCAUCGCGAAAAAAGAGUAGAAUCGGUCGAUCAACCGUUUGCAACACUAAGCACCGAGGACGCGAGGUCAACUAGACACUGUCCACUGUCCACUAUCCACGGUUAACGAACGCAACGCGAUUGCGGCGAGGAGGCGGGAGGGAGAGAGCAAGAGAGAGAGAGAGAGAGAGAGAGAGAAAUUUCUGGGUUGCGACUGGGUCAAUCUUCGAUUAUUCCGUCAAUGUCUUAACGUCGUUCGUUUUCAUUUCUCAUUUUGUGACAAUUGCCGAUUCGUCGCAACGACCGAUGACUGAUCGAACGAAUCCAAGUAUCGCUGAAUAUAUUGGAUAUUUUCGGAAAUGAAAAGCGGAAGACGAAACAAGUAUCGUCAGUAAGUUAGUCGAAAGUUGGAAAAUUUAAAUUCGAGGAAAAGUAUACAUAAACGGAAUUGGAUAAGAUGAAUAGCACGUUUGCGCAUUUUGUAGUCGAGUCGUUUAUGGGAUAGACGUUACCGGAAUGAAUAUUUAAUGGCGGAUAAAACGAGUUGGAGUCGGAGAUGGCGAAGAGACAUAGAGAAGGAAAGUACAGGAAGAGGAAGAGGUUGCGCUCAGGAGUAAGAGCGCGAGAAAGAACACGAAUAUCCAAGUACAGAUGUGGGGGAAAAAAAAAGAAAAAAACAGAGACACGGCGUGGGAUGCACAGGAGGGAUGACAGCAGAGCGCGGAAUGGCUCACGAUCGAAAAUGCGAAAAUGCGAAAAUGCGAAAUUGCGACUGGAAGGUAGAACGGAAAGAUCGGUAUUCGCGUUGACGAAUGUUGACGAUCUCAGCGGCAGAAUAUUCCUCCAUGUAAUUCUUUUCUUUGGCUUUCACUCUCGUCUCGUCGCGGCAAGCUGCGAGCGAGCUCUACGCGAGUUGCAUCCAGACACGUGCGAUUGCGCGCGGACGAGAGAGAAAAUCUCGACACAUUCGUGGCGAGAUGCGAUCGAAAAUCUGCACGCGAAAGAUAUCUCGUUUUUACUUAUUUCAUUAACGAUAAGACUUUAUCAAGUUAGAAUUUUCGAUAGUUAGGUAUAUUGGACGCUUUCUACACUCGGUCUCUCGACGCCAGAUAUGUGUCCUCCUCCAAAUGCACAAGUAUUGUUCAAUGGAAAGAAACAGUCGCGACGUAAAGGAUGAGAGAGAAAGAGAGACAGACAGACAGACAGACAGACAGACAGACAGAGAGAGAGAGAGAGAGAGAGAGAGAGAGAGAGAGAGAGAGAGAGAGAGAGAACAUAUGCAGUGUAUAAAUGCACUUGAAUAAAUUUGGUAUCUCUUUCGGAGAAUUGCAUUUUUAUCUAGUGACGUGCAAGAAAGUACUUCGAGCUUUUCGUAUUUAACGUAGAGUAAGUCUGGCGUAUAUAAGCUUUGAUUAUUUCUAUCGCGAUUGGCGAUGAUUCGAAAUGUACAUGACUAUGCCGUCACGAGCGACCACUAUGCGAUAUACAAGUCCUUCGCAAUGUUCCUUCCGAAUAGUAAGUAUCGCUGCGCGAUUAAGACGUUUAAGAAAAAUCGAUAAACUCACCACUGAUAUUCGGUAGAUUACAUCUCGCUACGGAUAAAAAAUAUCCCUCCCUUUCCCUCUUCCUCUCUACUUUAACACACCCCGCGCAACUAUUCUAGGUAGAGAAAAAGGAUCCUAUUAUCGUCAGGUACUUUGAUGACUGGCGUAUUUGCACAUUCGACUAUUUUAAAUGGCGGGUGCUGUGGCAUAUUCGUAAUACCUAUACAGUAAACGGAUAAACACACGACAAAUAUACAUGUAUCCACGUCUUUCCUAUUUUGUCAUAUUAGUCCUGUCUUCUAUUAUAAUUUCACUUGUCGAUCAAUCUCGUAUUCUUGUGCACGUAGAUAAUCGCCUGGUUAACGAAAAAAUAUUCGAGAAGAAAAAUCAUCUUCCAUAAGUAAGAGAAAUUAAAGU